CGCGUGUCCCGCCGCCCGCCUUUUGCGAACGUCAAAGGGAUGUGAAAGGCAGGUACGCGACGACGGUGGUGGAGGCGGAGACAAAGGAGCAUCCUUAUUUUCUGCUAAUUGCGGCAAAAAAAAUAAUAAUAAUUAAAGGAAAAAAAAAGCAUGGCUCAUAGCAGCUUUCACCUUUGCCGCAGCCUGGGCAGGUUCUGUGUUCAGCACCGACAACUACACCUCAGCGUCCGCAGAACCGAGGCAGUGAUCAUCUCUGGAAGAAGGCUUGCAAGGCAGAUCCAAAGAGAGGCUAAGCUUGAUGUGGAGAACUGGGUUGCUGAUGGGAACAGGAGACCACAUCUAAGUGUUGUCCUGGUUGGAGAUAAUCCAGCCAGUCAUUCCUAUGUGAAAAACAAAACAAAAGCUGCUGCUGAUGUAGGUAUCACAAGUGAGACAAUUCUGAAGCCAGCCAGCAUCACAGAGGAGGAAGUGCUGGAUCUGAUUACCAAGCUCAACAAUGAUGAUAAAGUCGAUGGGUUGCUUGUGCAGCUACCUCUACCUGAACACCUUGAUGAACGCAAGAUCUGCAAUGCAGUGUCUCCGGCUAAAGAUGUAGAUGGAUUUCACGUGAUCAAUGUAGGUCGCAUGUGCCUUGACCAGAAGUCCAUGCUGCCGGCUACACCUUGGGGAGUAUGGGAAAUAAUCCAAAGAACAGGCAUUCCAACUCUCGGCAAGAAUGUUGUUGUUGCUGGACGGUCAAAAAAUGUGGGAAUGCCCAUCGCUAUGCUGCUGCAUACAGAUGGUGCGCACGAGCGACCUGGAGGGGAUGCCACGGUGACCAUCUCUCAUCGAUACACUCCCAAAGACCAGCUGAGGGAACACACCAAGCUUGCUGAUAUUAUUGUGGCUGCAGCAGGUAUUCCUAAGCUAAUCACAGCUGACAUGAUUAAAGAAGGAGCAGCAGUCAUUGAUGUUGGUAUUAAUCGUAUCCAGGACCCUGUCACUGGGAAGCCAAAGCUUGUUGGUGAUGUUGAUUUUGAAGAGGUGAAGAAGAAAGCCAGUUUUAUAACACCAGUACCAGGAGGAGUUGGACCCAUGACAGUUGCAAUGCUGAUGAAGAACACCAUCAUUGCGGCCAAGAAACUUUUGAAGCUGAGGGAGAACUGAACAUAUUGUUACCGCAUGGUAGUGCCACAGAGAAAUGGGACAAAGUACCCUAUUGAACAUUCCAAUGUACUGUUUUACAUCUACACAUACCAAAGGCUAACAAUUGAGCAAUUUAUUUAUUUUCUUAUUGUGCUUGAGGGUGUUGCAUUUUUCAUUUUGCAUUGAACAUAAUUUAGUUACAAGUACCUUAGUUAAGAACCUGAACUUAUGUGCAAUUUUAUAGUUUGUGUAGGAAGCCUCUCAGUAACGCAAGUCCUUAGGCCAAUUGUUGGUUAUAUCUGUUCCCUUAAAUGAUACGAAAAGCUGGUUUUGAAGUUGUAAUGAGCAGACAUGGAAUUUUGCAUGCCGGAAAAGGCCCUGGUAUACAAUUUAUUAUGUGUUCAAAGGUGUUUAUGAAGGCAAUCCGGCAAAAAUGCUGAUUCAGUCUUUUGGUACUCACCAGGAACAUUUUAAAUGUAGACAGUAUUACACUGAUGCAUAAAAUAGCCAGUAUCAUUUUGCUGUACUCUAUUCUCGAGGAAGGAAAGCCAACAGAAAUUCCAUAAAUUAUUUGGGCAGACUCCAUUAAGUUCAAAUAAUGUAAAUGCUUUAGAAUAGCUGAGGACAGUCAUUUUGUUGAAACACCAUGGUUACAAGGUUGGUGAUGUCGUGCAUUGGCACAUCACCAUGCCCUUCCACAGAAGGUUGAGACAGAGCCUUUAUGAUCUGCAUGCCAGGUGAAUACCAGGCAAUCCUCCUUUCUCCUCCCACCCAAGUAGGCAGUUGGUGGAUCAUAAAGGCCUGUUAUACUGCUGGCUGGUCAGUUUGGGUGAGGUGAGCAGGCUGCUCUUGGGCUAAGUAAGAGUGCUGUGUUUCAAAAGAGACUAAUGCUGGAUACUGAAAGUUUUCAUGUUUCAUAUCUGUUACAGGCUGGCAUAGUUAUGAUGUUUGCAUUUUUCACAGCGCUGUGAACUACAAAUAUGGAGGUAGAGCUGUUGUGCAGCUGGCAAGAUUGACUUCCCAGGCUGUUACAAACAAUGACCAUGCAGUAAUUUUGAUAAAAAUCUAAAUUUCCAUGGUCAUAUCAACUGUUUCAACAGAUUAAAAGUUGUGCAGUCGGCAUACUUGAAGAAUGUAGUGACCAAUCUAACGCUUGGUAAAAUCUACAUUUUUAUUGUUUCAUGCCAGACAUACACGCAUUGAGGCAUAAUGUGUAUUAUUGACAUGCCUAUUUAUGGUAAGAGUGGUUCAGGCUGUGAAUUAAAGUUUCUUAAAAUUUCAAAA